AUGCAGAGCACUUUACAAGUGGACGUAUACGUUGCGCCUGCGAUACCGGCCAACACGGGGUCUCAAGACCCAUCUAAAACCUGGUGGUCACCAAUAUCCUGCACUCUAAUCCAGGGAACGAAAUCGGCAGUUCUGGUCGAUAGUCCAAUGACGGUGAAUCAAGCAGGGGAGCUGGCAAGCUGGAUAAAGAAAACAGCCCCGGGCAAGAAGCUGAAAUACAUCUACACCACCCACGCACACGGUGACCAUUUCUUCGGCAACCCUAUCAUCCUCAAACACUUUCCUGGCGCAACUUGUAUUGCUACGAAAUCCGUGGCUAGUGAAAUGAAGCAGACAUUGGAUACAGCGAUUCCUAGAUGGCAAGGAUGGUUUCCGGAUGGCCAGAUCCCAACAGACGGGCAUGUCGUACCAGAUAUGCUACCGCAGACUGGCGAAUUCGACCUUGACGGCCACCGUCUUUGUGGUAUAGACGUUACUCAUUCCGAUACCCACGCGUCCUCCUUCUUGCACGUACCAGAUCUGCGCCUUGUCGUGGCGGGAGAUAUUGUCUACGGCGAAUGUCACCAGUUUUUGGCGGAGGCUACCACGGCAGCGAAGAGGAGGGAGUGGCUCAAUGCUCUUGACCAAAUUUCUAGCUUAAAGCCGAGCUUUGUGAUACCGGGCCAUAAACGAGCUUCCCAGGUGGAUGGCCCGUAUUUGCUUAAUUUGACAAGGGAAUAUAUCUUGGCGUUUGAGGGGGAAUUGGAACGCCUUGGGGACGCAAGAAAAGUGGAAGAGGCUAUGAAAAAUAGGUACCCACAACGUUGGAAUAACUUUCUUCUGGAUAGGAGCUGUCACAAAUCUGUUUCUGCUCUGUGA